AUGAUGAAGUUUAGAUUUCGUCGGCAGGGCACCGACCCGCAGAGGGAGAAGAUAAAACAGGAGCUCUUCGCCUUCAACAAGACGGUGGAGCAUGGAUUCCCACAUCAGCCCAGCGCAUUGGCCUACGACCCCGAGCUGCAACUCAUGGCUAUCGGCACAAAGGCAGGCGCCCUUAAAGUUUAUGGGGCGCCUGGUGUGGAGUUUACAGGGCUACACAAGGACACCAUUGCUGUCACACAAAUCUACUUUGUGCCAGGACAUGGCCGCCUAUUGUCACUUCUGGAUGACAAUACCAUUCACUUGUGGGAGCUGACUGCCACAGCCCCCAGGCAGGUAGGAGGGGUUAAGAGAGAGGGUGUAGUCAUGCUACAGGAAGUAGGCAGCUACAACCUUCCAGGAAGACCGGGCAUUGAGAGCUGCAGUACCACACGAGUGACUGUCCUCCUCCUCCUGAGGUCAAGUGACCUGCUCUGCAUUGGAACAGAGGGAGGGGGUAUAUACUUCCUGGAUUUGCCCAGUCUAUCACUUAAAGACAGCCAAACAUUGCUCCAGGAUCGGGUCACACAGAGCCUUCCAGAAGACUACAGAUGUGGGAAAUCGUUAGGGCCUGUGGAAUCUCUUCAGGAGCAUCCUCGACAAGCAGGAAAGAUUCUAAUUGGCUACAGCCGGGGCCUGGUGGUCCUGUGGGAUGUGAGCAAGCGUCAAAUAGACCAGCUCUUCCUUGGCAAGCAGCAGCUGGAGAGCCUGGUGUGGGAAUGCUCGGGAAAUUUGUUCGUCAGUUCCCAUAGCGAUGGCGGUUACUCCGUGUGGGCUGUUGCCAACGGCAAUGGCAACAGUCAGCAGCCGGUGUCCGCUACUAUCCCAUAUGGUCCUUUUCCCUGCAAAGCUAUUAAUAAAAUCCUCUGGAGGACAACAGCGACAGGAUCCCCAGUGCUGUUGUACAGUGGAGGGAUGCCUAGAGCCAGCUAUGGCGACCGCCACUGCCUCACCAUUCAGCAGGACAAAGCCCACGUCACCUUGGAUUUUACUUCCCGGGUCAUUGACUUCUUUACAGUCCACAAUGUUCAAACAGAGAAAGAAUUUGAUGACCCAUCUGCACUGGUGGUCCUAUUAGAGGAGGAGUUGGUUGUGAUUGAUCUCCAGACUCCUGGUUGGCCGACGAUGCCAACUCCCUACUUGGCUCCUCUCCAUUCCUCAGCCAUUACGUGCUCUUGCCACAUCACCAGCGUCCCUCCCAAACUGUGGGAAAGGUUGGUCAAUGCUGGAAAAGCGCAACAGGGCAGUGAACACGCACCCAGGGUGAGAAACUGGCCCAUAUGUGGAGGGAAAAACCUGGCUCCUCCACCGAAACAACAAGAGCUGCUUUUGACAGGACAUGAAGAUGGAACUGUGCGUUUCUGGGACGCGUCCGGGAUCGCUCUUACACCACUGUACAAACUGAGCACAGCCAAUGUCUUCCACACGGACUGCGACCCCUGCGAUGAGCCUCAGGACCCUAGUGACGAUCCUGACAUGCUGCAGGAGGAAGAAUGGCCUCCAUUCAGGAAGGUGGGGUGUUUUGACCCGUACAGUGAUGAUCCCCGUCUGGGCAUUCAGAAGAUCAGCCUAUGCAAGUACAGCAACAAGUUGUUGGUGGCAGGCACAGCUGGGCAGGUGAUCGUUCUCAGUCUGAGCGACGACAGCUCAGACCACACGGUGGACGUCUCAGUCGUCGAUCUGCUCCAGGACAGAGAGGGCUUCACGUGGAAGGGCCACGAUCGACUGGAACCGCGCCUCAAACCUGCCCCUUUCCCUCCCGGCUUUCAGCCUCAGGUGCUGGUGCAAUGCAUGCCGCCAGCUUCUGUCACAUCUGUCGCGCUGCAUGCCGAGUGGAAUCUCAUCGCCUUUGGGACCAGUCAUGGCUUUGGCCUCUUUGACUACCACAGAAGAAAUGCGGUCUUGGCCAGAUGUACCUUACAUCCCAAUGACUCCCUGGCUAUGGAGGGCCCCCUCUCAAGAGUCAAGUCUUUGAAAAAGUCCUUACGGCAGAGUUUCAGGCGAAUCCGCAAGAGUCGAGUCUCUGGAAAGAAGCGCACCAUCACCACACCUGCCAGCAAGGUCCAAGAGGCCAACGCUGCCCUUGCUGAGCAUGAGGAAAUGGCGCCGAUCCAACGAAGGAUUGAACCUCGAUCAGCAGACGAUUCGUUGUCGGGAGUUGUUCGAUGUUUGUGCUUUGCAGACACCUUUCUACGUGAUGGUACACACCACGGACCCACGCUGUGGGCCGGCACUAACUCGGGCAGCGUGUACGCUUACGCUCUUGAGGUACCCGGUGUGGGCUCGGGGCGCGGCUCUGAGCGGGGGGUCGCGGGUGAAAGCGCCGCUUGUGUGGAGGCAGUGUUGGGCAAAGAGAUCCAGUUGAUGCACAGGGCUCCUGUGGUGUCCAUCUGUGUGUUGGACGGACGUGCUAAACCUCUACCAGAGCCUUAUGAAGCUUCACAGGACCUCUCCAUUGCUCCUGAUAUGUCCAAUCCUCAUUCUGUGCUCAUCGCCUCUGAAGAACAACUCAAGGUGUUCUCGCUUCCUAAGGUGAGCGCUAAGACGAAAUUUAAGUUAACAGCUCACGAGGGCUGCCGAGUAAGGAAAGUUGCCCUAGUGGUCUUCAACUCCACGGCUCAGGAAGACUACAGUGAGCACACGCUGGUGUGUCUCACCAACAUGGGAGACAUGCACCUUUUUAAUAUACCUGGCCUCAGACCACAGGUGCGCUAUGACUGCAUCCGUAAAGAGGACAUCAGUGGCAUAGCAUCAUGUGUCUUUACCAGAAAUGGGCAGGGUUUCUACCUGAUCUCUCCCUCAGAAUAUGAGCGUUUCUCCUUGUCUGCAAAGGUCUUCACUGAACCUGUUUGCUCUGUUGCACUGGAGCGACUCUCACAGUCCACUCUGGCCAGCGAUGGCACGACGGUGCUGCCACAAGCCAAUGGAACACACAAGAACCAGACGGGACAAGCCGAAGGACGAAUGGAGGAGCCCCCCAGCUCCCUAUCCUCCCCCCUCUCCGACACGCCCCUGGACUCUCCUCUCAGCUGUGCUGACGUCACUCUGGAAUCCACUGGGGAACUCACUGUGGAAGACGUCAGAGACUUCCUCACUACCGUGGAUGAGGAGGAGAACAACUUGAAGAACAUUCAAGAAGAGGAAGGACGCAACGCUGGCAUCCUCAUCAAUUAA